AUGGUGGCCACAAAGAAGACAAAAAAGUCUCUGGAGUCGAUCAACUCUGGGCUCCAGCUGCUUAUGAAAAGUGGGAAGUAUUUCUUGGGGUACAAACAGACUCUGAAGAUGAUCAGACAAGGCAAAGUGAAAUUGGUUAUCCUCGCCAACAACUGCCCAGCUUUGAGGAAAUCUGAAAUAGAAUACUAUGCCAUGAUGCCGGGCGAAUACUAUGCUAUGUUGGCUAAAACUGGUGUCCAUCACUACAGUGGCAAUAAUAUUGAAUUGGGCACAGCGUGUGGAAAAUACUACAGAGUAUGCACACUGGUUAUAACUGACCCAGCUGAUUCUGAUAGCAUUAGAAGCAUGCCAGAACAGACUAGUGAGAAGUAA